CGGCGACGCUCUAGCCGCCGGCGUGUCUUUCUCUAUGGUUCUCCCUAUUUCUUCCAGUUGCAAUAUUGUUACUUCCGGGGCGUUGUCUUGCCAGGCGGUUUCCGUUUCCGUUUCCCGCCACUAGCGGCCGUGCGGUCCAUGCCGGCCCCAGGUUCGUCUCUGCCCGCUCGCCGCGCCUCUUAUCCUUUCUUUCCCUAUCUGGUGUAAUAGCCAGACCGACCUUGGCACCAUCUGGCUGUUCAUAGUUGUGGAAAGCUCCAGCUCCGAUCCCAUCCCACCCCACCCCACCUCAGUGUUGUCUCACUUGAUGCAACUUCAACCCGACAGUGGAACGAUCAAGGAGACCUAGGAGGGCAGCAUGUUUGCAGGAGUGAUGUGACAAAUUACCAGGUGUCAGUGGAGCUGGCAAACUUGCUAUUAAAACUCUCAGACACCGGAGCCCACAGAGGUGCCAACAAUUAGGCAUGUAGGCAUUUCUCUGGGGAAACCUCAGCUGGUUUUUAAGACUUAGUUGCCUGUAGGCAUUUGAUUCGUCUUGAGGGCGGUAAUUAGAACCAAAGAGCAUCCCAGUAUCGGGAAGCAAACUGUAUUUCUUAAUUUAAUCUAGUCUGUCAGUCUGACCCUGUUGCCUAUAGUCUCUACUGACACAAGCCUUGUGUUGCUUGAGCUGUAGCUGCAGAGAACUGUCUCUUUCCAUUGAGUAAAACAGGGUUUGGGGACCUUUCAUAAUUCAGGCAUCCUCUUUAGAGCAAUUGGCCUGGUACAUGUUAAUAAAGUGGUGGUUCUCUUCUAAUAAAAUGUAGCAGUAAUAGAUAGCGUAUGAUUGUUGUGGACCACUGAUCCUUCUAGAUAAAAAGGUGAGCUGCAUUCGUAUGUUAACAGUACUAUAACAACAUGUUUUGCUUUGCUUAUAAGUGGGAAAAAUAGUGACUCAUGAAGCUUUAGAAGUAGUGACACCUCAAAGCCUGUGGUGAGAAGCCUUUUGAAUGGUGUGCUGGUGGUUGAGUGUCCUGGUUAUUUGUUUCUAGAUGACUUGGACUGGAAGAUCUCCUGGUAUUAUGGUGAGGCUACUGUAACUACACUUCAUUUUGACUAUCACUGGAUGCAGUCUCUUUUCCUAUAGGAAGCAAUUUGCCUAAAUGCCUUGAACCACAUGAAUAAAAUUCAACUCUUGGAUCUGACUUCUCUCCUGUAAUUUUUUUUUAAUGUCUGCCGUACAAGGAGCAUGAGCUGAGUGAAAGCCUUCAGCACCACAGGUCCCACAGACCAAAUUGAUACACCACAUGCACUUCUGAUCUUUAUAUAUGGACAUAAUAUGCUUGAGGCAAAUGGGGGUUCUUUCUAAUGAAAAGCAGUGCCUUGAGGGUGUGAGUACUUUCAGCCUGGCUGCCUGCAAAGUAUUUUAAGAACUUGUUUAAUGUGGCACCACACUUUCUCCACUAGGGGGUGAGCACGUAUUUGGAAUGCUCAAACUUGAUUUUUAACCUAAAAUGAGAUCUCUGGGUUCUUCUAAUCAGUAAUAAAUAAAAGAUAUCGCCUAUACCCCUAGAGUUUUUGUUUUUUUUAAUCAGUAAUGCAGCAGAGUCAUGGUACAGUUAACAUUCAUAGAUAUUAGGUUCGGAAGGGACCUCAAUAGAUCAUCGAGUCUGACCAUCUGCAUAGGCAGGAAAGAGUGCUGGGUCUAGAUGACCCCAGCUAGAUGCAUAUUCAACCUCCUCUUGAAGACCCCCAGGGUAGGAGAGAGCACCACCUCCCUUGGGAGCCCGUUCCAGACCUUGGCCACUGUAACUGUGAAGAAGCUCUUCCUAAUGUCCAGUCUAAAUCUGCUCUCUGCUAGUUUGUGGCCAUUAUUUCUUGUAACCCCCAGGGGCGCCUUGGUAAAUAAAACCUCACCAAUUCCCUUCUGUGGCCCUGUGAUGAAUUUAUAGGCAGCCACAAGGUCACCUCUCAACCUUCUCUUGCGGAGGCUGAAGAGGUCCAGGUUCUCUAGUCUCUCCUCGUAGGGCUUGGCCUGUAAGCCCUUAACCAUAUGAGUGGCCCUUCUCUGGACCCUCUCCAGUGUCAAAGCCUAAUUAGACAAGUGCCCAUGUCACAGAAAGAAGGAAAAGAUCCCUCCCCCACCGUGUGCCAAAUUUAGUGAGAGACGGGUGGGCGCAUUGUGGCUGGCCAGGAGCCCACAAGGCAGGCACUGGUUAGCAAUCUACCAUUGGCUCUUUCCAAAAUAAACACCUAGUUGGCAAUCUACCAUUGGCGCUCUUUUCAAAUAAAUGUCGGUGCAGCUUCCGCCCUUGUCGGAGAACUCUGCAACAUGGCAGAGGAAACUUGGCGGACUGAUCACCCACCAACGACUCCCUGUCACCGACCUUCCCAACGUACCCCACCCCCUGCCGGCUCUUAGAUUCGUCCACAGAGCGCCUCGUCUCGUCUCUGUCAUUCUUUCUCUCUCUCACUGUGUAUUGAAAGCAACUAAGCAGGCCUUCUUCCUACAUCGUGCCCUUGGAUGGUGUAAGUAAGUAAACAAUUUUUGUAACCAACACGCCUCAGUACCUAAUCAUUCCACUCCACCGAGCCCGCUUGACCUGAUGGCCGAGAAAAUGAACUAACUGCUGGUAGUGGAGUAGCCGCUCAGAGGGGUUUGGCACCAACCCCGACAUGGUGUCACGAACAGGAUCCAAGGGCGACAACGUGGAAAUGGAGUUGAUUAAGCUCUGCCCCUGGCGAAAUGGGGAGCGCUGCGUAACCAACGCGGAUGAACUUUGGGCAUACCUCGCCUAUCACCAGGCGGCCGAGAUGGGUGGAGAGUGCAGCGGCUACUUUUCAAUACCAGGGGAAGAGGGGGUCACGAGGGAAUGGAAGGCGAGCUUGCGUCCCGGGGCGUUUGGGUGUGUUAUGGGCAGUAAAGAGGUUCGAUAUAGGCCCCCAGACGAAAUUCAGACACUGUCCCUAACCGGGGUGAAGUACAAAGGGGCCGUGAAUCUGACCCCCGCCCAAGAGUACGCCCGCUGUAUAAAAUAUCUGCAGGAAGGAGGGGCACCGACACCGCCCGACUGGUUUAACUGCCUGAUCCUGACACCCGGAUCAUGGGGCCAUGAGUUACUCAGCGAGCUCCGUGAAAAGUUAUAAACGGAGGGUCGUACCCCAACAAAAUGGAAGGGCCCUAAGUGGGAUAAGGGAGUAAUGAUGAAUGUACUGUUCCGCACGGUAACAAGUCUGCUGCGGGAAAACGCGAACUUAGAGGCUCAGCUAUUCAUGGCUACCAAGGUGGCCAUGGAGGAAGGUGGAAAGGAAAACCCUGAGCCACCGCCCGAAAAUGGCGCUGGCGAAAAAGAUCGUGCGGAAAUUCCCCAGGGGAGAUGGGCAGCUGUGCCACCACCCAUGGCCCUGCCUCCCGAAGUGACGUCAGCCAUAGACCCUCCCCCUUACGAAGGAGGGAAGUUAUACCCAGCCCUCCCGUCAGGCGCGCUGACGCCCCCAGCAGCCGUUCAUCCUAUAGCUUUAGUCAAGCAAGUAACUGACGCGCAAGGCGUGACGCGUACCACCACCACGUACCGCACUCGCACCUGGGCGGAGCUACAAGUUGCUGGCCAUAAUUGGGGUGUCACAUGCCUCGUGGAGCCCAAGGACACAUCAGCUGGGACUGACGCAAGCCCAAUGCAAUGGAGGGUGGGCCCACCGUCACCUAAGGAACCCUGGAGCCGUUCCAGCGACUCUGGAUGCCGUAGAGGCCUGUGUGGAAGUUUACGGGGGAGGAAAUGCCAUAACGCUCCGACUUCUCCUCAACCCGAUAGCGGGUCAGCGAGCUGGAAACCUGCUGAGCCAACUUCCAUGACUACAAAGCCUCAUGAAGUCAACAACGGAGACCGCAACCGAUUCAACGGGCCACCUCACCGCGUAUCCAAUCGAGACCCCAAAGCUAAGGCGCUACGAACCCGACCUUCGAUGGGAGCUAUGGCCGAUAACGCAAAGAACACCCGAAGAGAGAGCCAUGUUCGGGUUCCUCUUAAACCACUCCAAACUUACGAAGCAGCAAUUGUGCGUUUUGGGGGACGAGGGCCAGCGACAUCUAGCGAGUGAACUAGGUUUCAAAUUUAACGACAAGCAAAAAAACCAGUAGUGGCCACCGGCCACACCGGUGGCCAGCCUAACCCCGACCCCACCGACCUCUGCCUCUACGCCGAACUCACCGUCUAUGACCCCACCAACCCAAGCAAUCAGCAAAGAGUGUUCUUCCUCCUUGACACCGGAGCCCAGGUUAACAUAAUCACUCCGACAACAUCUCACUUAAAAACCAUGAAAGCAAUUAAGGUUCAAGGACUCAAUGCUGUUGCAGUCACAACAAAAGUUAAGUUUGCAAUCCAAGGCCACCGGCAAGCUCUAGAGGCAGUACUGGGGGGCAUCAACCUCCUGGGAAUCCCCGGAAUCAAAGCCCUAGAGCUAAAAGAACAAGUGUUACAAGCCCUCCCGAUCGCCGUCCCGGAAAUUGACUGGCACAGGCCCACGCUCCGCAACACGUCCACCUGGCGUUACAAGCGAAUCCCAACCAAGAGCCCCUUACAGAAGGCCCUUGUCAACCUACUACGACGGCUCGAGCAACAGGGAUGCAUCAAACCUAUAACUGCCAGUACCCAUCUGUCCCCAGGGUGGGGAAUUAGCAAACCCGGAAGGCCCGACAAGGUCCGGUUGGUAGUCGAUUACCGGGAGGCCAACAAGCGAUGCCAACCGCUCGUGCAGCCCAAUACCUCCACGUUGCCACAAUGCCUAUCCGAGAUGGCCCAGUACCAAAAAGGCAAGUGGUACAGAGCGACCAUCGACCUUAAGAAUAUAUUCUACGCCAUCCCGAUCCUUGAUACAGAAGGGGUCCUAAACAUGUCCGUUGAAGGCAUGAUGUACAAGUGGACAGUUUGCCCACAGGGAUACCGCAAUGCUCCAGCCUUAGCUACAGCCGCCAUGAACCACACAUUAAAAACUUUCAGCAUCUCUCAUGCCCUCCUGCUGGAAGAAGAGUUAAAAAUCUGGAACUACGUCGACGAUAUAACCAUUAUGGGACGUAACCAGCAGCAGGUCACCGAAAUUACCAAUCGCCUAGUUAACCACCUACAUAGCAAGGGGUGGACCGUCAACCUAAAAAAGUCACAAGCAACAGAGACCAUCCAGUUUUUAGGCACAUCGUUCAUCGGUGCAACCAGGUCCGGUGCCACCCACAAGGCCCUGGACAUCAGCCCACUAGGGGGACCCCUACCGACAGAAAAGAAAGAACUCCAGUGGCUCUUGGGAUACCUUAACUGGUACCGACACCACAUCACUCCGGACCACCUCCCGAUACUUGCUAAGCUUGAACGGCAAACUCACAACAAGUUUCAAAAGUCCGCCCCGUGGACCGAGAAGGAAAAAAAGGAUCUCCGCCGCCUCCUAAUCGCCAUCAAAACCACGCCACUCCACGCAAUUAACCUCGCCAAUUCCAUAACAGUUACUCUAGAAUUCACCGCCAGUCAUGUCUGGGCCACCACGCACAACCCCUGCGGUGAAAUAAUUUACACCUCCCACAAAACCUUACAGGCAGCCCAGUUUCGAUACGGAACCGUGGGAAAAAUUCUACUAGUGGGGCAACUAAUAGAACUAGUAUCCUGCGGACACGGAACGCUCCGAGCGCCCGCCGCCACUGUCCUGCCCCUGCUAAGGGCUGAAAAGGUCGACCCACAAUUCCACGGGGAGCCUGCCACCUGGAGUGAGCUGGUGAUUAACCACCAUUACCACUGGUGUUGCUGGAAAAGCGAAAACACGCCACCUACUCCCGAUACCCAGGAAAGCCCCACACCCACACUCUAUGGAGCCACGGAUCCAGCUUGGAUGGCAUCGGACGGCACUAGCCGAAACGGUGGGGGCUACAGGUUCUACUGCAAAGCCUGCCGUGAUGCACAAAUGUUCCCUGGGUACCCCUCAGCUCAAAGAAACGAGCUACUAGGCUUCAAAGCCGUCAUCCAACACUGCCCUCAACAUCACGACGGAACGCUCCCCACUCCCGUCACAGCAAUCGACUCCCUAUACAUUUACCAAAUUAUCACCGGUACAGCAACGGCGGCGGAAAACCUAGAGGACUGGCAAGAAAUUUGGAACAUGCUGUCCGACUUCACCACGCUCCCGCUAGUGAAACACACCAGGUCGCCCAAAACUGACACAGAUCCUGUGCAUGAAACCAUUGACAAGCUUUUAGAAGAUCCCCUUCGGAAUGACGUUGUUCUAGCCAUUAAGCAACCUGAAACAAAACCCGAGGCGGACCCAUUCCUUGCUUGGCUCCAUGAAAAUUGGGGACACCCCGGACCACGGGCUAGCCACGCUUGCUGGCGAUCGGCCAUGACAGACCCCAUGCCCUAUGGAAUAAGAGCUGACUGGAAUGAGUGGCCCAAGCCUGUGAGGCAUGCACCAAAGAAAAAUGCCACCGCACGAAACACCAGGUCGGGGCUCUUGAUGCAAAGAAUUUCCCAGCCGAGAAGGUCUGGCAAGUAGACCUCCUGGGACCCCUGCCUGGAGCAAAACUGCCGAACAAGGGAUUAGCCAUCGUUGACCUUGGUACGCGGCAAUUACAAGUCAUUCCCCUACGGAAAAGCAACGCCACCGCUGUCAUAACAGCAUUGACCACCGCCUUUGCCACCUGGCAGACUCCCAAGGAAAUCCAGUCAGACGGGGGUCCCCCUGUUCAGCUCCACCGCUCUCGACAAGUUCACCCAUCUUCAUAAUGUCGCCUGGCAUCUUCACCUCCCUUAUCAUCCCCAAUCCAGCGGUAUAGUGGAAAGGCGCAUUGGAAUGUACUAAGAACAACUACGGCUACGGGGAGGAGGAAGCUACAAAAAUUGGACAAGGUUCAAUCACAACGUCCUCAUCUCACUUAAUAAAGACAAAACUCUAUGGAGCGAGUCUGCGUCUCGAAAACCCCAACCGUGGAGGCCGAAGUUCUCCUCAGGCGAACCAGUCUGGGUCACCGUUCCAUACCCCCGCCAAUCUCACCUAUGGGUACACAAAGGAUUAGUCUGCAAACCCAAACUAUAUCCUAAUACCUAUUCUGUGUAUUUAGAAGAAAACGACAGACAGUCGCCAAUCUUAGCUCACCAUAACUGGUUAACCCGCCGUGCAGUCAUCCACACUAACUUAUCUUAGCGAACCCAAGUGCGGCUUUUGGUUUUGUUUUGUUUUGUU